GAAUGCUUUGAACGGUCUAAUUGAAUGAACUGAAUCACGAUUUCUGAUAUUUUUAAAUGUAUAAUUGUUCCUAUUUAUGUAAGAUACGUUUCAGAAAUUGAUCUAGUGUGUGCGUAGGUUAUUCGUUGAAUAUUUAGCUGGAACUACUUUUACGCCUCUCCAUACAUGUCGGCCGUUUUUGGCCACUUGGGCUAAAAUCACGUUGGUAAAUUACCUUCAGAAAAUCUUAUAACUGAGGAAAAGACGGGAAAGGUGUGCAUUUUUUCUGGGAGAGGGACAGAUCUACAAAGUCGCUAUGGCUCAGAAUUUGCCCAUCCGAUUCCAGGAGCAUUUACAGCUCCAAAACCUGGGCAUCAAUGCGGCCAACAUCGGCUUCAGCACGCUGACCAUGGAGUCAGACAAGUUCAUCUGCAUCCGGGAGAAGGUUGGGGACCAGGCCCAGGUGGUCAUUAUCGACCUUAAUGACUCGGCCAAUCCCAUCAGGCGGCCCAUCUCAGCCGACUCGGCCAUCAUGAACCCUGCCAGUAAAGUCAUUGCGCUCAAAGCCGGCCGCACCCUGCAGAUCUUCAACAUUGAGAUGAAGAGCAAGAUGAAGGCCCACAACCUGACAGAGGAGGUGCACUUUUGGAAGUGGAUCAACGUCAACACCAUUGGCAUGGUAACGGACAAUGCUGUCUUCCACUGGAGCAUGGAGGGCGAGUCACAGCCGGUCAAGAUGUUUGACCGCCACUCCAACCUGGCUGGCUGCCAGAUCAUCAACUACCGGACUGACGCCAAGAUGCAGUGGCUGUUACUCAUCGGCAUCUCAGCUCAGCAAAACCGAGUAGUGGGAGCCAUGCAACUGUACUCUGUCGAGCGGAAAGUCAGUCAGCCCAUCGAGGGGCAUGCGGCCUGCUUCACCGUCUUUAAGCAGGAGGGCAACCCAGAGGCAUCCACCAUCUUCUCCUUCGCUGUCCGGGGAGCAGCCGGGGGCAAGCUUCACGUCAUCGAGGCUGGUAGCCCUCCAAGUGGUAACCAACCAUUUGCCAAGAAGGCCGUGGAUGUGUUCUUUCCUCCUGAGGCCCAGAACGAUUUCCCAGUAGCAAUGCAGGUGAGUCCCAAGCAUGACACCAUCUACCUGAUCACCAAGUAUGGCUACAUCCACCUGUACGACCUGGAAAGUGGCACCUGCAUUUACAUGAACCGCAUUAGUGCUGAGACCAUCUUUGUCACCGCUCCCCACGAGGCCACCUCGGGCAUCAUCGGCGUCAACCGCAAAGGCCAGGUGCUGUCGGUCAGCGUUGAUGAGGAGAACAUUGUCUCCUACAUCACCAACACCCUGCAGAACCCCGACCUGGCUCUGCGCAUUGCCGUGCGCAACAACCUCUCAGGGGCGGAGGAGCUGUUUGUGCGCAAGUUCAACACACUCUUUGCCCAGGGCAACUAUGCCGAGUCGGCCAAGGUGGCUGCCAAUGCACCCAAGGGCAUUCUGCGGACGUCUCAGACUAUCCAACGCUUCCAGCAGGUGCCUGCCCAGCCCGGCGCCACCAGCCCCCUGCUCCAGUACUUUGGCAUCCUGCUGGACCAGGGCCAGCUCAACAAGUACGAGUCGCUUGAGCUGUGCCGGCCUGUGCUGCAGCAGGGGCGUAAGCAGCUGCUGGAGAAGUGGCUCAAGGAGGACAAGCUGGAGUGUAGUGAAGAGCUUGGCGAUCUGGUCAAAGCCCACGACCCAACCCUGGCACUCUCUGUAUACCUGAGGGCCAAUGUUCCCAACAAGGUGAUCCAAUGCUUUGCUGAGACAGGCCAGUUCAGCAAGAUUGUCCUGUAUGCCAAGAAGGUGGGCUACACCCCAGACUACAUCUUCCUGCUGCGCAACGUGAUGCGUAUCAACCCGGAGCAGGGCUCAGGCUUUGCCCAGAUGCUGGUGCAGGAUGAGGAGCCACUAGCAGACAUCAACCAGAUUGUAGACGUCUUCAUGGAGCAGAACAUGGUGCAGCAGUGCACCUCCUUCCUCUUGGAUGCGCUCAAGAACAACCGCCCCUCAGAGGGCCACCUGCAGACCCGCCUCCUGGAGAUGAACCUGAUGUCCGCCCCCCAGGUGGCUGACGCCAUCCUGGGCAACCAGAUGUUCACACACUACGACCGCGCCCACAUUGCCUCCCUCUGUGAGAAGGCUGGGCUGCUUCAGAGGGCUCUGGAACACUACACAGACCUUUAUGAUAUCAAGAGGGCUGUGGUCAACACGCACAUGUUGAACCCUGAGUGGCUGGUCAACUACUUUGGCUCUCUGUCCGUGGAGGAUUCGCUGGAGUGCCUCAAGGGCAUGCUGUCGGCCAACAUCCGCCAGAACCUGCAGAUCUGUGUGCAGGUGGCCACCAAGUACCACGAGCAGCUCUCCACCAAUGCCCUGAUCGACAUCUUUGAGUCUUUCAAGAGCUACGAGGGCUUGUUCUACUUCCUGGGCUCCAUCGUCAACUUCAGUCAGGACGCCGAUGUUCACUUCAAGUACAUCCAGGCUGCCUGCAAAACUGGCCAGAUCAAGGAGGUGGAGCGUAUCUGCCGUGAGAGCAACUGCUACGAUGCUGACCGGGUCAAGAACUUCCUGAAGGAGGCCAAGCUGACCGACCAGCUGCCACUCAUUAUCGUUUGUGACCGCUUUGACUUUGUCCACGACCUUGUGCUGUACCUGUACCGCAACAACCUGCAGAAGUACAUUGAGAUCUACGUGCAGAAGGUGAACCCAUCCCGUCUGCCCGUUGUCGUGGGUGGUCUCUUAGAUGUCGAUUGCUCUGAAGAUGUCAUCAAGAGUCUCAUCAUGGUGGUGCGAGGACAGUUCUCCACUGACGAACUUGUGGAAGAAGUGGAGAAGCGCAACAGAUUGAAGCUGCUGCUUCCAUGGCUGGAGACCCGCAUUCAUGAAGGCAGUGUGGAGCCUGCCACCCACAAUGCGCUGGCCAAGAUCUACAUAGACAGCAACAACAACCCUGAGAGAUUCCUGCGGGAGAAUCAGCACUACGACAGCCGGGUUGUGGGCAAGUACUGCGAGAAGCGGGACCCCCACCUGGCCUGCGUGGCCUACGAGCGGGGCCAGUGCGAUCGGGAGCUCAUCAACGUCUGCAACGAGAACUCCCUCUUCAAGAGCCAGUCCCGCUACCUGGUCAAGCGCCGGGACCAGGAGCUGUGGGCCGAGGUCCUCCAGGAGGACAAUCCCUACCGCAGGCAGCUAAUUGAUCAGAUUGUGCAAACAGCCCUGACAGAGACUCAAGACGCUGAGGACAUCUCAGUGACAGUCAAAGCCUUCAUGACCGCCGACCUGCCCAAUGAACUGAUUGAAUUACUGGAGAAGAUAGUGCUAGAAAAUUCAGUAUUCAGCGACCACAGAAACCUCCAGAACCUGCUGAUCCUGACUGCCAUCAAGGCCGACAGGAGCCGCGUCAUGGAGUACAUCAACCGUCUGGACAACUACGAUGCACCUGACAUCGCUAACAUUGCCAUCGGCAGCGAGCUGUACGAGGAAGCCUUUGCCAUCUUCAAGAAGUUUGACGUGAACACCUCUGCCAUCCAGGUUCUGAUUGAGCAUAUAUGCAACCUGGACCGUGCCUACGAAUUUGCCGAGCGUUGCAACGAGCCCUCGGUCUGGAGCCAGCUGGCCAUGGCACAGAUGAAAGCUGGACUGGUGAAGGAGGCCAUCGACUCCUACAUCAAGGCUGAUGACCCCUCCACGUACACCGAGGUGGUGGAUGCCGCCUCUGCGUCAGGCAACUGGGAAGACCUGGUACGCUACCUGCAGAUGGCCCGUAAGAAGGCCAGGGAUUCCUUCGUAGAGACGGAGCUCAUCUUUGCCUUUGCCAAGACGAACCGCCUGGCCGACCUGGAAGAGUUCAUCUCGGGACCCAACCACGCCCAGAUCCAACAGGUUGGUGAUCGGUGCUACAAUGAGGGCAUGUACGAGGCAGCAAAGCUCCUCUACAACAACGUCUCCAACUUUGCCCGUCUGGCCUCCACUCUGGUGCACCUGGGCGAGUACCAGAAUGCCGUGGACAGUGCCCGGAAGGCCAACAGCACGCGGACAUGGAAGGAGGUCUGCUUCUCCUGCGUGGACGGGGAGGAGUUCCGUCUGGCCCAGAUGUGUGGUCUUCAUAUCGUCGUCCAUGCUGAUGAGCUGGAGGAACUGAUCAACUAUUACCAGGACCGGGGCUACUUUGAGGAGCUCAUCCAACUCCUUGAGGCUGCCCUGGGUCUGGAGCGUGCACAUAUGGGCAUGUUCACUGAGCUAGCCAUCCUGUACUCUAAGUACAAGCCCUCUAAGAUGCGUGAACAUCUUGAACUCUUCUGGUCCAGAGUCAACAUUCCAAAGGUGUUGAGGGCAGCUGAGCACGCCCAUCUGUGGGCGGAGCUUGUGUUCCUGUAUGACAAGUACGAGGAGUAUGAUAAUGCUGUAGUGACCAUGAUGGCCCACCCCACUGAUGCUUGGAAGGAGGCACAGUUCAAGGACAUCAUCACCAAGGUUGCCAACAUCGAGCUGUAUUAUAAGAGCAUCCAGUUCUACCUGGACUACAAGCCCAUGAUGCUGAACGACCUGCUGACGGUGCUUAUCCCUCGCAUGGACCACACUCGCGCCGUCAGCCUCUUCACCAAGCUGAAUCAACUGCCCUUGGUCAAGCCCUACUUGCGACAGGUGCAGAAUCACAACAACAAGGCCAUCAACGAUGCCCUGAACGGUCUCCUGAUCGACGAGGAGGACUAUCAGGGCCUGCGCACUUCCAUUGACGCCUUUGACAACUUUGACAACAUUGCGCUGGCCCAGCGCCUGGAGAAGCACGAGCUGCUGGAGUUCCGGCGCAUUGCCGCUUACCUCUACAAGCGCAACAACCGCUGGAAGCAGGCCGUCGAGCUCUGCAAGAAGGACAAGCUUUACAGGGAUGCCAUGCAAUACGCCAGCGAGUCCAGGGAGACAGAGACCGCGGAGGAGCUGAUCGCCUGGUUCCUGGACCAGGGCCUUCACGAGUGCUUCAGCGCCUCCCUGUUCAACUGCUACGACCUGCUGAACCCAGACGUCAUACUGGAGCUGUCCUGGCGUCACAAUAUCAUGGAUUUUGCCAUGCCCUACAUGGUCCAGGUCAUGAGAGAGUACCUGUCAAAGGUUGACAAGUUGGCAGCUUCAGAAAAGGAGCGAGCUGAGGAGAGCGACACAAAUCAGCCCUUGGUGUACAAUGAACCCCAGCUGAUGCUGACCGCAGGGCCGGGCAUGAUGAUGCCCCCACAGAUGGGCGCCGUGCCAGGGGGUGGGAUGAUGGGUCCGCAACCGGGUUACUAUGGCAUGUGAAUCAAUGAAGUGUGUAUUAAUAAUAGAGUCCGGAGGAAGACUUAAAGGCCCAUCCAACCUUCCCUUGCACGGUCCUUGAUCUCAACAACAACCCUGUUCGAGCAAAGUUUGAGAAAAAAAAAGGGCGAUGAAGUAUCCCAGCGGUGUGGAUUUAGUACCUGAUCAGAAAUGUCAAAAUUCUGAGAGAUGAUUGCUGUGUUCCAGAUCUAGAAAUAGUUGCAGUGUCCUGGCAGCUCAAAUUGAUUGAUUCAGCUCUUCUGUGUAAGGGAAACGCUCAGACCCAUUGAACAGCAUACCGAGCUGAUGUUGGAACACCUUUGAAAAUUGUGAGAAAGCGCAGGAAUUGUUUGUAGAGAACUUGAAAACAGGGGGGAGAAGGAAAGCGGAAGUGGCUUUUAUGUCUUUGUCUGGAGUUUGUGUUUUGACUGUACAUCCCUAGUAUAGAGCUAUAUAAUAAUUUCUGGCAUAUUGUGUGGUCCAUUGCUGACAAAUGGGCCUCACCAAUAAAGCAAAAAUUUAAAAAAAAAAAAUGCCCAAAAUGUAUCUGACAUUGCCACAUUGAGAUUUGUUUUUAUUUUGCAUUUGUGUGUACAACUGGUUGUAUACUAUUUAGCAAUGCUUACCGAAACUAGCAAUGCCUUACAGAAACCUGCCUUGCUUCUACAGUUUUCAGUCAUGAACUCAAGUAGGCAAGAUACUUUUUUUGGGGGGGGGUCAUUUUUCCCGUGUUUGCACAAUUUUUUAAAAUCCUUACAAUUAAGUAUUGGGGUGUUGAGCAUAAAGGAGUGUUAGACUUGGCAGUUUUCAGGUCUGCAUAAAAAUGGUCCUCAAUUUUACAGAUCUUGUUUUUUGUUACCUUGGGGACUCAGUAAAAUUGUGUGCUUUGCAGCUUUUGGCCUCCAAUUAUCUGUGAUCAGCCAUGUGUUGUGUGCUUGGUGCCAGUUUGUUUGCCGCGGAUCUAGAUCGCGACCAGUGAUCCGUUGUUGGUUCACAGGCACCAAACCCCGCCUAAUGGAUGGAGCGAAGUAGCGACGGGAGCACUGAUUGAGAUCCACCCUGGCUACUUUAGUUGCUAACUCUUUGCCUGGCUCAUGGACGGUUAUCAUGUAUGCCAGUGUAGCACCUGCUCUUUCCUUCUCUUGUACAUAAGAAGUUCUAUGCCAAUCCUUCCUCCACUUACAAGACCAAAGACAACUUGCUCUGUUCAAUGUCUUCAUUGUAUAGCUGUACGUCUCAUGGUCAUUCACGUUUUUUCCUUCUUUGUCGGCUUGGGGAUAUUUGCAAGUAAGUGCACGUGGUAACAUUCAGAUUGUCAUCUAAGUCUGCAAGAAACAAAGAAAUCAGUCAGGAAACCCGUUGAAUGUGCUCAGCCAAUUAGAAAAUGAACAGAUUUUGAUGUUAAUUUCUUUUUUUCUUUUUAACUAUGCUCAACUUUAUUGAUAGUUUAAUCAUAUAGACCUGUUCAACUACAUGUAGAAAAAAAGACAGGAAAAACAAGACUUGCUGAAGCAAGUACAAGUAAAAUUUAAAGAAAAAAUGGAUCACUGUAAUCUCUGUGUUGUAUUUGUCAGAAAAUGUGUAUAAGCCAGAUAAAGUGUCUGUCAUUGUAAACUAAUGCUUAAUGGCACAGUUUUAUAUAAAGGUGAAGACAGAAACUCGGUAGGGUAGGUAAAUUGGUAAAUCUGUUGAAGAAGUAGCCUUAGUCAAAAGAGGAAGUACAUUUGUAUUCAUUAGAUUAGAUUAGAAUGGAAACUUCUGUGUCUGGAAAAUUGAUUGCGGUUUUUACAGAAGUGGAAAUAGGACAACCCUCGGGAAUGGAAUGGAUUGGCCUAAUCGCCAUAGCUAAAGGUUGGACCAUUAUAUAUUUUAGGGUGGGUGUGAUAUUUUUGUAUAGCCCAUAGGGGAUCAAUUCAUUCUGUCUCCUGUAAGGUGGGGUUAGGAAGCAAUUGUUACUUGAUGAAGUAUAAUUAAUGUGAGUAGGUUGGUUGCAAGUGUUUAACAUUCCGUAACUAAUGUAGUGGCUUUUUUGUACCUGCCUAUAAAAUAGCUUUGUAAAAAAUCAAAGUAUGGCAUAAAUGUAUAUGUAAUAACUCGGUGUACUUCAGCACGAUACUAGUUUGACCAUAAGGUGCAGAAAUAGCUUAAUAAUGGAAUCUUAUUUUACAUUAUGUAUUAAUUGAGCAUGAGGCAUGCUGGUGUACUUCAUCCUAAAUCCAGAUUUUUUGCCUAGAACUGAACAGUUGCAUUUAGACCUGUGUUGCACUCCUUUAGCUGUAAAUUCUUGCUGAUCAGUUUUUGUUGUUUUGCUUCAACUUGAAAUGCAGUAGGACAAACCUUAUUGAAGUAAAUUAAUUGGAAAAUUCUUGGCUGAGCACAUUUUCAGGGUCCUAUCUAAGUACAGAAUUUCAAAGUGCUGUGAUACCAGAUCACAGGACAAGUGACCAUAAGACAAAAAUGAAAAUUGUAGAAAAAUUCACACUUGUCUCAAAAGAGAAGGAAAUCAGAAGUGUUUUUCUCAGUUUAUUACACAGCCUCACAGGGAAAGAAAGCUUACCAUUUGAAAUUGAUAUUAGCAAAAUAAGCAUGUUAGACUUAAUUUCAGCGAACACCAAAUUAAAAACUAAAGACUUGUCAACAAGAAUAGUAAAGUGGAAAAGGGGAUGCUGUGCAACUGCUGCUGCAUGUAUCGUUUUUACACUGCUUGAGUUUCUCUAUGUACAUUCGUGAUCACUACUGACCUCAGAUUUUUGAUUUUGUAGGCAUUGAAAACUGUUUAAACGAAUAUGUCUCCAAUUUUAAUUGUUUUCACAAAGAAUGUGGAAGUCUAUUUGAGUUGGGUUUCAACUUGUUUUCUGUGCUAUAAUUAAAACCAUGAUACACUAUUUUUAUUAUUAUGAAAUUUGCAGUAGCUGAGUAAAGUGGUAUGAUUUAGUAUGCUAUGUUUCUGUCAUGUCUAAUUGGAGGUUGUCUUUCUUGUAAUUAGCUAGGUUUUUUCCAGUUAAACUACUUUCUCACAAAAAUUGCCAUUUGGAAUUCUCAAGACUGUUUUUUUGGCUUUCAGUAAAGCUUAUGUCCAAAACAAUUGGAUGCCCAUUCAGCUGUGAACCAAAGUUGUUUGUGUACGCUGGAGGCAGAACAUGCAGUGAGGGUAUUGCCUGUAUUCUUUGACUAGCUAAUUCAUGAAAUUGCUAAAAUUCUAGGAUUUGACAUUGCUAAAAUUCUAGAAAGUUUAUACAAGAUAAUCAAAGAAGACGUUCAUAUAAGAUGAUUACAUUUUACAAUUGUCUGCUACCUAAAGGUGAACGUGAUCACAUUUCAGUUCUAGAAGCAACCUUGAUCUCAUUCUUGCAUUCUCAUUCAAAUUAAUUGAAUUCCACACUAAUAAGCCGUUUUCAGUGGUUAUUAAAAUACAAACGCACCACUUGUUAUUCUUAAUAACACUAUAUACAAGCUGUCUGUAUCAUUGCCUACACCACAAAAAAAUUAUACUCCAUCAAAGGUAGCAGCAUUUAGAUGUUUUGUAUAAUGUUAGUCUGGAAAUUUGUUAUAAUAGUUUGUCUUAAAUUUUGAGGUAUAAUUUGUGCCAGAUAUUAUUAUGUACGAUUAUUCAGCUAUAAAAAUGACUCCUUGUGAGAGACAGAUAAAAA